AUGGCUCCAGAAGACUCCGACUCGGUCCCGGCCUGGACCACAAACAAUGCUGCCAGCUCCAUGGAGCCUGAGGAAGUCAUCUGGGAAGAGGGACACCACUUGACUUCGCCCAAGGGUAUUAUAGUCAAAGCCAUUCAACUAGGGAACAUCUAG